CUUAUUCGUAGUAUUAAUCAACUGGCCAAUUUCGAACACUAUCAUUCAAAUAAUUCAUCAUAAUCUGAAGUCCCAGAAAUUAUUGCUACUUCAGUAAUGGAGGGAGAACAUAAUCCAAUUAACCGGAAUUUGUCAUUCUGUUUAAAAAAAUCAGAUAUUUUAGGAAAUAAUAGUAUUUUGAAUGAGCAAACAGUUCCAGUAAAACAGGAUCAGCAAAAAGAAAAUGAAAAGUUCGGCAACAACAAAACGAUGUUGGAAGAAACUCCUAAUAGUGUUUCGAUGCCUUCCGCGGUGAAGACUUCAACAUCAAACAUGUAUAAUGGUGACAGUAAAAUAUUAAAACGGAAUACUACCAAAUCAUAUAAAACAGCAGAAGAACGUAUUCCUAGUUUUUAUUUUAUCUCGAAACCAGUCUGUUCAGCUAAAAAAGUUAAAAACCAUUCAAAUAAUCCAAAUAAAUCCACAAAUAUGGUUAACAGAGAUAGUAAAAAAUUAAAUCAUAAAAUGGCCAAUGUAUUUAAGAAGACAGAAGAACGCAUUCCUAGUUUUCUUUCUAUCCCAUCACCAUCCUAUAACGAAAUAUUGAGAUGUUGAUUUUUCAAUAGGCUCAACUAGGCAUAAAAAUGUUAAAAUUCACAAAAAAAAUCCAAGAAAACCUAUGCAAUCAUAAUGUAAAUCACAUAUGUAGUAAAAAAAAAUUGUAGAUUUUUGUUACCGAAAACUAAAAACAAAUUGUGUGUACUAAAAAAAUGCACGUACGAAGAAGGCUCACAGCUUUCUUGACUUGAUAGAUAUUUUAUUUUAGUUAUAAUUUUGUUACCUAUAGGUAUAACUUUAUUUUUUACGCUUUUAAAAAAAGUGUAGAUAUAAUCAUAAAAGUUGACAAUAACAAAGUUUUUACUCUUUAUGUAGAAAAAAAAAAGUAUGAUGAAACAGUAACAUGAAAAUGCGUUAUUCUCAUUGUGAGUGUCAUAUGCAACUUAAAAAAGUCAUAUGUUUAUACAUCACAUUUAUAUAAUAAUAAUAAUAAUUUAGGUAUUUACUAUUUGCUAAUU